AUGGCUCAGGAGACGAUGGAGCUGGACCUGGAGCUGCCUCCGGGCACGGUUGGGAGCCCGGCGGAGGGCGGCGGCAGCGGCGGUGGUGGCGGGGGCCUCAGGAGGUCUAACAGCGCUCCCCUGAUCCACGGCCUCAGUGACACUUCGCCGUUGUUCCAGUUCGAGGCGCCGAGCACCAGGCGAAACAGCACAAUGUUCCCGAACUGCCAUGGCCUGCUACUACCAGCCUCCCCCGUCCACAUACACAGCAGCCGCUUGCACCAGAUCAAGCAGGAGGAGGGCAUGGACUUGAUCAAUCGAGAGACCAUCCACGAGCGCGAGGUGCAGAACGCAAUGCAGAUAAGCCACUCCUGGGAGGAAAGUUUCAGCCUGAGUGACAACGACGUGGAGAAAUCCGCCUCCCCGAAACGCAUCGAUUUCAUUCCGGUGUCGCCAGCACCAUCACCCACCCGGGGAAUUGGGAAGCAGUGUUUUUCACCAUCCUUGCAAAGUUUUGUGAGUAGCAAUGGAUUUCCUCCAAGUCCUAUUCCCAGCCCAACGACCCGAUUUACUACCCGGAGAAGCCAGAGUCCAAUUAAUUGCAUUAGACCAAGUGUUCUUGGACCAUUGAAAAGAAAAUGUGAAAUGGAAACUGAAUAUCAGCCAAAGAGAUUUUUCCAGGGCAUCACCAACAUGCCUUCUUCUGACGUUGCACAGCUGUCAGAUCCUGGUGUGUGUGUAUCUUCCAAUACCCUUGAUGGAAACAGCAGCAGUGCCGGAUCUUCUUGUAAUUCACCAGCGAAAGUCAGCACUACCACAGACUCUCUUGUGUCACCUGCCCAAGCGGCCUCUCCAUUUAUUCCAGUAGAUGAACUUUCAUCUAAGUGA